CAUUCGUUCGGGUGGAUUCUGAUCUCGUCGGUACAAGACUGAGUACAAGUCAUAGCUACGGAACUAGAGACUAUAUUAACAUUAUAUUAUACAUUAUAAGUACUGGUUUGGACUAUUGAUAGAAAAUACUAUAUUUAGUUACUUCUAGGGGGGUUUGAUAUUGUCUUUGUUUUGCUAACAAGGUAUACAUUUUGUGUCGGAGUGGAAUUAGUGUGUCCACACGGAAAGGAAGGAACAUUUAUUCGAUUCGUCUCAACUCAAACUUCAUGCAAAGGUAACUGAGGCAAAUAUGCAGUCAUUCGUCCCUUUGUUCUGACGAGAUUUAAACAGCUAUCCAAACAGCGAGGUGGGAUGAGUGUUACAUUCUCAAAGCCACUGCUGAAGACCAUUUACUGAUGGAAACACACUGCCGGAGGCACCACUUGGGUGUGGUGGAAAACAAAGCCUUAAGAAUGACCUGAAGACAAAUUCCAAUUAAACUAUAAUCAGUAAAUUAACUGUUGAGGACUAGAUUGUUCAAAAGGUGUUAUUUUGCUUUUUCAGCUCGUGUGUUGGCUCAGUUAAUAGAUAUUUUCAGCAAAACCUGAUGAGUAACCAAUUAUUGGGAAUCUAACCUGCCGGUGUUAGAAAAGUUAUUUUUCUAAAGAAGUAAAGUAAUCGUAAUGGCUGCAGAAGGAUAUCAGUACAGGGCGCUUUAUGACUACAAAAAGGAGAGAGAGGAGGACAUUGACCUCCAUGUGGGGGACAUUUUAACAGUGACUAAAGGGGCACUGGUGGCCCUUGGGUACAACGAUGGCCUGGAGGAAAGGCCUGAAGAUAUUGGCUGGCUGCCUGGCUUUAAUGAAACCACUCAGGAAAAGGGGGACUUCCCUGGGACAUAUGUUGAGUUCAUUGGGAAGAAGCGGAUCUCUCCUCCCACUCCCAAGCCAAGACCCCCAAGGCCCUUACCUGUUGCGCCAGGCUCAUCCAAGGCAGACUCUGGUGAUGAACAAGGUUCAGCCCUACUGGACCUGACAGAGCAGUUUGCUCCCCCAGAGACGGCUCCCCCAAUGCUGGCACGGCUACUGGAGGCCAUCGAGAGGAAAGGUCUAGAUAACCCAACACUGUACCAAACCUUCACAGCCGGUGGUGGACUUGAUGUCCGACAGUGCUUUGACACUGAUCCUCCGUCUCCAGACCUGGACCAGAUGGACCUGCAGAUGCUGUGUGAUGGUCUCCGUCGGUACCUGCAGGAUCUUCCCCAGCCUGUCAUCCCAGUGGUCAUUUACGCUCAGCUGGUUCACACCGCCCAAGAGGUGCAGAACCCAGAGGAGUGUGCCCAGUUGCUGCGACGCAUCGCCAGCGCGCCCAGCUUGCCGGUGCAAUACUGGCUCACCCUGCACUGCCUGCUGCGCCACUGGUCCCGGGUGUGUCACAACGCACCCAAGAAUCGGCUCAGCUCCCGUGCCCUGGGCGAGAUCUUUAGCCCAAUGCUCUUCAGACAGCAGUCCACUAGUUGUGAGCCCAGCCCGGAUGCUCACAUUAAGAUCAUUGAGACCCUUGUGACUAGUGAAUGGACUGAAGCCCAGGCAGCUCCAGCACUACCUCCCAAGCCACCCAAACCCACACCCCCUGUUGUCGCUAACAACGGUAUGAACAACAGCAUGGCGCUGCAGGAUGCUGAGUGGUACUGGGGAGACAUCUCCCGCGAGGAGGUCAACGAGAAGCUGAGGGACACGGCUGAUGGCACAUUUUUGGUCCGUGACGCCUCCACCAAGAUGCAUGGUGACUACACGCUCACACUGAGAAAAGGGGGUAAUAAUAAGCUGAUCAAGAUAUUCCACCGGGAUGGGAAGUAUGGCUUCUCAGACCCCCUGACCUUUAACUCAGUGGUAGAGCUUAUCAACCACUACCGCAAUGAGUCCCUGGCUCAGUACAACCCCAAACUAGAUGUUAAGCUGCAGUUUCCUGUCUCUAAGCACCAGCAGGAUCAGGUGGUGAAGGAGGACAACAUCGAGGCUGUGGGCAAGAAGCUCCACGAGUACCACCAGCAGUACCAGGAGAAGAACAGGGAGUAUGACCGUCUCUAUGAGGAGUACACCCGGACAUCCCAGGAAAUUCAAAUGAAAAGAACAGCAAUUGAAGCAUUCAAUGAAACCAUCAAAAUCUUUGAGGAGCAAUGCCAAACCCAAGAGCGGUACAGCAAGGAGUACAUAGAGAAGUUCAGGAGGGAAGGCAAUGACAAGGAGAUCCAGCGUAUCAUGGGAAACUAUGAGAAGCUGAAGUCUCGUAUCAGUGAGAUUGUGGACAGCAAGCGGCGUCUGGAGGAGGACUUGAAGAAGCAGGCUGCUGACUACAGAGAGAUUGACAAACGGAUGAACAGCAUCAAGCCAGACCUCAUCCAGCUCCGUAAGACUAGGGAUCAGUAUCUCAUGUGGUUGACCCAGAAGGGAGUUAGGCAGAAGAAACUCAAUGAGUGGCUGGAUAUCAAGAACGAGAACACGGAAGAUCAGUACUCUAUGGUGGAUGACGAUGAGGACCUACCCCACCAUGAUGAGCGCUCCUGGAAGCUGGGCAACAUCAACCGGCUGCAGGCUGAGGCCCUCCUUCGGGGGAAGAGAGACGGAACAUUCCUGGUCCGAGACAGCAGCAAGGCAGGGUGCUAUGCCUGCAGUGUUGUUGUGGACGGUGAAGUGAAGCACUGUGUCAUCAACAAGACGCCCUCUGGGUUUGGCUUUGCAGAGCCUUACAACCUGUACAGCUCACUCAAAGAACUUGUCCUCCACUACCAGCACACGUCGUUGGUCCAGCACAAUGACUCUCUGAAUGUGACGCUAGCGCAUCCCGUUUACGCACAGCAGCGGCGGUGAGGACCCUCCUGGCCAUUCAGUCGGACAAAAAUAUGACUGUGUCUCGUUUCCCUAAAAUUGGAAAUGUAUAUAUUUGGGCUGAAGGAUUUAAAAGGCUACGCCCUGUCUUGCCUACUAACAUACCUACAAGAGAGGAAAGAACUAAAGAGACAACCACAAAACAGAGCCUGAAGACAUUUCAGCAACUGUGAACUGACUGUGAGCAGUGGCGAGAGCCUGAAUGUAGUCUUGUUUCUCUUGUGCUUAUUUUGGGAGCACAGAGUCAAGGUGAAACUGCUGAACUCUCUCCCUAAGCGGGAGGACUUUAGAGGCCUUUUCCUAAUGGUGCUUGUUCUUUUCAAAGCUUUACCAGCUGGAAUGUCAAGUAUAUCUUUUUUUUCUACUGUUCCUCCUCUUAACCCCCCCCAUUUUCUAUUUUCUUUUUUUCCUCUUUCUUUUUUUUUUUUUACUUUAAAUUGUAUCUCCCUGGGCGGGUGUGUGUAUGUGUGUGUGUGUGUGAGACUGUGUGUGUGAGACUGUGUGUGUGUAUGCCUGUGUGUGUAUGCACUCACAGCAUCUGAAAGGUGUAUGAUGUUGAUGUGUGUUUAAGUGUUCAGUGACUGACCAUAAAUGUAGCAAAAUGGCACUUUUGACAAAGUAUAAAUGUUUUCUUGAAAAAGACUCCUACAGACUUGUUAGAUCAAAGGAGCAAAGGAGAGGACAAGGUGGCAAAACUCCUGGACCUUUCCCUUAUUAAAGGAUUUACCCUCAAAACA